UUAAUAAUGUAGACUUAAUUUGAUCAUUAAUUGCAAAUAGAGAAUCCAAUACAAAAAGCAAUAAACCGUUACGUGUAUGCACGAUAACAUGAUUUUAUGAUUUUAAUGUAGAGAUCCUAUAUCACCUCUCCCAUGCAAUCUACACAUCCCCAUUCAUAUUUAUUUUUUUUUUCCAUCGAAAAUGAAAUUAAAUACUAAGCAAAAACCUUACCCAGAAAUAUAUUUCCCGGCAUUAAUCUAGGUCGGACAUUCUUCCCCUCGAUUUUGGCAAAAACCAAUUCGAAAACCUAAUUGAGAUCACUAUUUUCAUACACAUUCACCAGAUCCGCGUGUAUAAUUUCUCGUUCCGUUCCGCCAUCAAUUUCUAUUUUUUAUUUUUUAUUUUUUAAUUGUUUUGUUGAGGAGACGCUGUUGCCAUGGCUGGUCGUCGCGAUUCCAACCCAUUUGAUGACGAAGAAGUGAAUCCUUUUGCGGACCAAGAUAGGGGUCAACCGAACUAUGGCGGGGGUGCGUUUUACACGACAAAUCCUGGAUCUGUUCCCCCGGCAAACUCAAGGCUUUCACCUCUUCCUCAUGAACCUGCUGACUACGACCGUGGGACUACGGUUGAUAUUCCUCUUGAUAGUUCCAAGGAUUUGAAGAAGAAAGAGAAGGAACUUCUAGCUAAAGAGGCCGAACUGAAAAAGAGGGAACAGGACCUGAAAAGGAGGGAAGAUGCCAUUGCACGAUCUGGAGUCAUCAUCGAGGAUAAAAACUGGCCACCGUUUUUCCCCCUUAUUCAUCAUGACAUUUCGAAUGAAAUCCCAAUUCAUCUGCAGAGGCUGCAGUAUGUUGCAUUCACGACAUUGUUGGGUUUGAUAGGAUGUCUUCUGUGGAAUGUUGUAGCAGUUACUGUAGCUUGGAUUAGGGGAGAAGGUCCAACAAUCUGGUUUCUUUCUAUUAUCUACCUCAUAUCUGGUGUUCCAGGAGCCUAUGUGUUAUGGUACCGUCCUCUGUAUCGUGCAAUGAGGACUGACAGUGCUCUGAAAUUUGGAUGGUUCUUCUUGUCUUACAUGUUCCACAUUGGUUUCUGCGUCUUCGCCACUGUUGCUCCUCCAAUUAUCUUUAAGGGGAAAUCUUUGACUGGAAUCUUGCCUGCAAUUGACCUUUUAAGUGAAAAUACUCUGGCUGGGAUAUUUUACCUUGUGGGAUUUGGGUUCUUUUGCGUCGAGUCAUUGAUUAGCAUAUGGGUGAUUCAGCAAGUUUACAUGUACUUCAGAGGAAGUGGAAAAGCUGCAGAAAUGAGGAGGGAUGCAGCAAGAUCAACUAUGAUGGCAGCAUUGUGACAUCACAAUAAUUAUAUGGUCAAAAUCGACACUUCUGAGUCUCCUUUAAUUCGUCGGCUAUUCUUUCUUCUGACAACUUAUACCCUCCAAUAUAUAUAUAUAUAUUAGAUUUUACUCUUUUGACCCCUUAUAGCGCGCUUCUUACCUAACCGAAGAAGCAUUCUUGUUCUUAAGAUGGAGAAGAUGUGAUUAUCUUGGCACAUUUUUUCUUCCCAUUUUACCCUUGUCAUGCUCAAAUGCCCACCAAAGUUCCUGGUUCGGUCUGUCCGUCCGUAACAGAGAUUUUUUUUCUUGUCGUUUUUUUUCCCUCUUUUUUUUAUGUUACGAUUUUACUAUUUUUUGUUCUUACUUUCCCCUGAUUUUGUAUAACUACGAUGUUACGAUUUUGUGCAGUUCAUUUCGAGUUGUCAAAACCUUCAACUCUAUGGGUUAAUUUAACAACCCCUUUUUAAGAAAGUAUGGUUAUUAAUUUCA